CAUCGUGUUUGCGUGUGCGUGUAGUUUCAGUAUACCCUUUACCUUUGGUGUAUCUUGAGUUUAUUUUUGCGACUAUUAGCGUCAGUUAUUGUACUGUUUUUCUACGCAAUAGAAUUACAGGAUCGCCUAAAUAGGGUUACGUUCAUGGUUAAAGUGAAAUUUCCGUAUCAAUAAACAUGACGAACAUUACAAAUUGAAGCAUAUUGGCGAUAUGUAAAGUAAUGAGAGACAGUCAGCAGAAAACGCAAUAGCAGAAGAAAGAGUAAUAACGCUAGCAGCAGCAUAUUCAUUGGAUUAUGUAAAAUCAACGUAUACCAUACCAGAAACUAACACCGUCAAGGGUACUGCAUGUGAAAAUGUCUGCUGACUCCCAGCGCAGCCGUGGAAUGGCAUCUUCGGGUGAAAACGGCCCAACUGCGGUGCGCUGCAUGCCCACAAUAGUACCUCCACAGGCAGUCAGCGAUCGAUCAAUCAUUGACAGUGUUGCCGGUUUCAUAAAUGACGUAACGCUGCAAGCUCAGCCACCGCUUGGCGACAGCAAAGAUCACAUUUUGUGGGUGCGCUUUGAGAAUACGGCCGACAUUAGUGAUCCUUGUCUGGGUGACGAUUGGGAGCUUGAGGGUGGCAUUGCACCUCCAUUGCUGUUGAUUUUGGGUUAUAUUAGCGGUGUACAGGUUUGGAUCGUACCGGCAAAUGGUGAAGCUAUUGAGGUACUCUCCUGGCGUCAAGGCAGUGUGAAGUGUUUGCGUGUUCUACCAACACCCACAUCGGGGGAUUGUGAGUCAGCUACGGAAUCAGCUGAUCAUUUUACACACAAGCGUCCUUUAAUAGCGCUUUGCGAUAGUGGUUUAGGCGGGGGCAGCGUCAGUGCGGCUGCAUCGAACGGUAUCUAUCAAUAUUGCGCAGUCAACUUCAUCUCCCUCAAAGAUGGCGAAACGGUCAAAAGUAUCAAAUUCAAAAGCAUGAUUGUUGACAUCCUUGCGAACCGUUCUUCGAUAGUAGUAACGUUCCCGGAGCGCAUAGCAGUGUUUGAUGCACGGACAUUAGAAGAUCGCCUCACUGUGACGACCUGUCACCCAAGCCCGGGUCUCAAUCCAAAUCCGGUAGCGCUAGGAUCACGUUGGAUUGCAUACGCAGAGCGACGCCUCAUCCCGUCUAAGCGGUCGAGCGGUGGUUGCGAGGGCGAUGGCGUAACGAGCUACACGGCCACAGUGCUAAAUGCUGCCAAAAGCUUUGGCAAAGGACUUCGUGAGCUCGGCGAACAGGUGGCUGCUGGUUUAACUGGCAGUCAUCUAGGUUCGAGUCUAAGUUCAAGCUUGGUCGGUGGUGGUAGUGGAGUCAACUCCAGUGGUGUUGGCGGCGGCCUGAGUUCUGGAAGCAAUACUGGUUCUUCUAAUGAUAUUAGUGGAUUAAUGGCUGGAGGCAUUUUAACCGGUGGAGGAACGAUUAGCGAAGGAAAUCAACCAGGAAUUGUAACGGUGCUGGACAUCAAGCAUCCCGUAAAGGACGUGAGUCCCACCACAGGCACACCUGUUACGUCGAAUGGAAGUGACCCUAUAGUAGCCCACUUUCUCGCACAUUCAGAAGCUAUCGUCGCUUUGGCGUUCGACGCUCCCGGAAUGCUGCUUCUGACUGCAGACAAGCGUGGUCAUGAUUUUCAUGUAUUUCGGCUGCAUCCGCACCCGAGCGGUGCAUCCCUAGCGGCCGUACAUCAUUUGUACGUUUUGCACCGAGGAGACACGACAGCCAAAGUGCAGGACGUGGCGUUUUCGCUUGAUUCGCGAUGGGUGGCAGUUUCGACGUUACGCGGUACAACUCACGUGUUUCCCGUCACACCAUAUGGCGGCCCGGCUGGCGUUAGAACGCACGGUUCGCCUCAUGUAGUGAAUAGACUGUCCCGUUUUCAUCGAUCAGCUGGACUUUCCAUCGACGGACGGUCGAGUAGCCCUGUGUCGCACUCGGGUGAAGGUGGGACGGGUGCGAACCAUGUACCUACUGCCAUGGCUUAUGCAAAUCCUCGUACACCACCUUUUCCACAUCCAACUAUUGUACAACCGUUAGCGCAGUUAAGGCAACCGUCUAAUUUGUUAGGAAGUGGAGGAGGGAGCAACAUUGGUGUCGGUGGUGGAAGUGGAUCAACAUCAAGCAAAACAAUGACCGGAACGCAUCACGGUCAUCACAUAAGGCAAAGAAAUUCUUCCUCGUCUUCGUCGGACGAUCUUACGAAACCGUUGCGUGUGUGCGCCAGCUUUGCCAAAGCUCGUUCGUGGUUACUCGAUCCGCCAGGUUGUGUGGUGCGCGAUACCCCUGCUCAUCGUAUUCAGCGCAAACCAAUUGAUUCAUUGUUCAUCAUGGCUGCCCACGGUGCCCUGAUUCAGUACGAUCUUGAACCUAAACAUGCCUCAGGGACACCAAAGGAAAAAAUAUGUGAUGAUACACCUAUCGAGUUAGAGGUAGAAGCAAAGGCACAAUGGUGUCUACAGCGACAGGAAAAUUCUGCUACUGGCGAUAUUCAACCACCACUUCCGGUGGACAACUGGCUGAUAAAGGAUAGGUUUAUAGAAGAAGGUGUUGUCGGCAGAUCGGAUUCUGGAUCGAUGCAGGACUACGAUCGCUUGCUACAUGCACAUAAUCGUGGAACUACGGGUAACAGCUCAGUUGAUCAUGACGAUCGGUGGCUAUCACAAGUCGAGAUUAUAACUCAUGCCGGACCACAUCGUCGAUUGUGGAUGGGUCCGCAAUUUAUGUUUAAAACUUACAAUACACCGAGCGGCUCUCCAUUAUCGUCUAUAGACACAGAAGCAGUGGAAAUAUGUACUAGUGGUGGAAGCGGCAACGUGUUUAACCGAUCACUUCAAAGGUCCAAUCCGAUGAAUAUGCCUUUAGUUGGAGGUAUGAUGAGGCCCUUGGUACCCGUACACAUUGAAUCAGGAUCAUGUAGUAGCUACGAGCAGAGCCCUCGUAUGAUGAACAUGAAUGAGUUUCGCCAUCAUGAAAAUCUUGACAGUGAAUUUUCAUCCCUCGGUCCAGUGGAAUCACAAUUGCGCGAAGAUCUUGCAGAUGCAAUGCGCGAAUCACCCCUUAUUGCUACCGGAAAAGAUACUGCAGGAAAUCUCUCGGGAUCUGGCUUGGCAUGUGGUGUCAGCGGUCUAGGUAGCAACGUGGGACAGUCACAACAUCAGCACCAUUCUUCUUCAGUAACAAGCCAGCAAGCUUUGACAUCUACCACCGGUCUUUCGUCCGUUUCGUCCUGCUCGUCUACAUCGAUUUAUUCAUCUACGCAUUCGCUGAGUUCAAUUUGUGAUCAGCAACAUCAACAAAUCCAUCAACAGCAAUGUCACCAGCACCAGCACCAAUGUGGUGGAAGUGGUGGAUGUAAGGUAUCUGGAAGCAAUGAAGGCGAGGCUUCUGGAUGUUUCUUUGAAUGUAAGCAGCCUCCAAUAUUUGCUAGCAGCGGUGACAGUAGCAACAAAGCUAGUGGAUUAGUUAAGAAAAAUGUUGGUAUAGUUCAAACAAAUGUGCAGCAUCAACAUCAGAUGCACCAACAUAAUUAUUAUCCUGACCCUUGCAGACCAGAUUCUGGUGCUAGUGGGCGAAAUAUUUAUCCCGGAGGUGGCAUCACAAUCGCUAAAGUAGUAAAUCCUCUAGGAACGGUUACUACGAUCAGCACAAUUGGUGGUGGCUCUGCGGGGCCAGAAAGCAUCGAAUCUGACGAUUUUAUGCAAGAGUGCGGUGAAUCGUAUCUGCACGAAAAUUGCGAUGAGGCGCUCUUCCGCCCGGUCGUAACUGUGCAUCACGAUAGCACAUCUGCUAAUAACAAAGCUACACGAGAGUCAGACAUGGUUGAGAUGCGAUUCGGUCGUUACCGUGGCUCGUCAUUAGAUCGCACUGGAAGUAGUGGGAUGGAAGCUACUGAAAAAGGAAGAUUGAUGGCCGAAGGGUGUUAUGAACGACCUCUCAGUCAACCAGCAUCUUUGAUUGGACGGGAUUUGAUUGUUCCGGUCAUCGAAGAAAAGAAUAUGCCGUACUUCACUAACAGUGGUGUAAUCAAACAACAUUCAAAGCAUGUCACUGGCUCUGAAGUGACACAGGGAUCAGAUCGUAAUGAAAGUAAUGUGCAGAUAGCAUCAAAAAAUGAACAAUUACUCACUCGACCUCGAAAAAUGUUGAGUAAGAAGGAAAUGCAACAAACCAGUAACUGUGCUAAAGUUUCUAAGGAUGCUGGUAUUGAUAACAAAGACUCGGAAUUAGAAUCACAUGCUAUUUUAAAGCUCAAUAUGACUAACCCCGGAAAAUCUUGUGAAGAAUUUGAAACAAUUGACUUACCAGUGGCGGAAAACGAUCCAUUACAAAGCGAUUCUAUAACGGCAAAGAUGGAGGUGAAAAACUUAUUAAGAGGUGAAAACGAUGGCAGCAAAACCGAAGUGUAUACAAAAUGUCACUCAGCUACUAGCGUCGGUUCAAAGAAGAGCAAAGAAAAAAAAGUACCUCUUUUGAUUGACUCUCCAAGGCCGGGGUCGGUAAAUACCGACCGCAACGAUAAGAAGGAUUAUGGUAACACUAGAAGUAAUUCUGCACAAGAAAAAAAGAAUAUUAGCAUUGCUAACGUUGUCAGUGAAAAACGCGGUAGCAAGCGAACACCAAACAGCCAAAAGGGCAAUUUUAAAGAUAAUAGAAAAGAAAAGGAAACAUCGGUAGAAACAAAACGAUCUGUUUCACCGGCAGAAUUGAUGGAUAACGAGCAAAUCCUUCCACCUUUAGAGGCUCUGAAAAUUGACGAUUUAGAGCUUUUCGGUGAUGACAUUGUGCAUGAACCUCAAAUACCAGCAAAUGAAUCAGUGAGUAGUAAAGAUAUUCUAAAGAUGUCGAACAACAAACAGUCCAAUUUUGCAACUGGCCGGGAAAAAUCAUUUGUUGUAGCUAAAGACCUAAAAGCAAAAGAAGGUAUAAAUAGUGUUGAUGAAAAUGAGGGCUCUCUUGUGGCUGACAAAUUAGUAUUGGAUACGUAUUAUGAUCCUUCUGUCACUGAUAACAAGUAUGAGGUGUUGGAUUUUGUUGAAUCUUCUCACGUUUGUUCAGGCUUUGCGGAGUUGGGCACAAGUAAAAUAGCUGAAGAAUGUGUAGGUAACGAAAAUGACGAGAAAACUCUGAUCAGUUUCGAAAGUCCAUUGAUAGAACAAGCAACAGUUAAUACAAAUCUGCUUGUAGAUGAUAUAUUGGGCCAGAAACAACAAAAUCAGACGGUGGUUGAUAUGCAGAGUGUUUUUGCCAAUGGUAACAUAAUGUUAGCCAUGUGUUCUAGUUUGCGAGAAGCAUCCCCAUCUAUUGAGCCUGAAUCGACGGACAUAACCUAUGAACAGGGUUAUUGUGGAGAAGACACACAGUCCCGAGCUCAUACUUCAGUGUUAAAACAGCAUUCGAUAGAAGGCCAGGAUUCUGAUUAUAAGAGUCUAGAGCUAGAUAUGGAAAUCCAUUCUACUAGUGCUGCUGAGAUGGCAAAUAUGAGCACCUCUUACAAUAAUCCCACUUCCGACACGACGACUACUAUUGUUAGCCUACUCUCCUCAGCUUCUGAGGAUGAUGAAGAUGUAACCACUAACUCAACAAACAACGACCAAGAGGAGGAAGCAGUUGGCAAUGAUACACUGCUGGAGGUAAAAGAUACUGACACUGUAAAUAAGAUAUCAGAACCGACUGGUAAACGACGACGACGUAAACGCACAAUUACCUGUCAAAAUAAUACCACUAGUACGACUAUAAAUAUGGCAACCAUUGAUGCGAAGGAUGACGAUGGCGAUGAAGAAGAGGAAAACGGUGACGAAGAAGAUGAAGAAUUGCAGCCUCUGAUAUCAAGUAACAAAACAUCGUCCUCUUCUCUUUCGGCACUGGCAACUACAAAAAAAGAUUCUCUUAUGUACGGAGAAGGGCCGGGAAUUAGAAAUGAAACAGCCGUAUUACUUACACCACUGCCAACAGAAAGUGAAAGAUAUGCAAAGAGUGAGGAACUGAAACAACCAACUAUAAAUGCAACAGAAAUAUCAGAAAAUGUUAAUCCAAAAGUCACCGUUAUUGAAGAAUCCUCCGUUGAUACAGUGAAGUAUUCGACGACAAACAACAGUGGAAAUAGCAUCAGCACUAGCAUAUUAGCUACUUCCAUCACGAGCAAGACAACAAGCGCAAUCGCAGCGGGUGGCGGAAAUGGUGGAAAUGGGAAGAAAAAAUCAAAAAAGAAGCGAAAAUAAUUACUAUUGAAGCGGAUGAUGCUGUUGAUAUUUUCGGCUGCAUCAUUGCUGGUUUUGUUUUUUCUGUCUUACUUACUGCUCCUUCAUGUCGUGUUUUGCUCUAGUGUUUAGAGGGUUGCGUAGUUACGUUUAAAAUUUUAUUUUAUUUUUUGAUGAGGGAUAAUUUUUCGUACACUCGCUUCACGGUAUAUUAACAGUUGGUGUAUGCUCUUCCAAUGCCUAUACAAUUUCUAUACAACAUCGUAAAGCAUUAACAAUCCUGUUAUCUCGCUGUAUAUCGACCACGUAUCCAUGCAAUUAAAAUUUUCAUGUGUUGCAUCAGAUUUUUUUAGAAUAAUGAAUAUAUGUACGCAUAGACCUAACAGCGAUUUUUUUCAUUUAUUUUGUUCUUAAUCAAUGGAAACAGAUCGUCAACAGUUUCAAUUCAACGAUCUCAUUUAGUUUUGAAUCACAUUUUUUCUACAUGGUAUUAUGGUGCGAAAAAUGUAAAAAAGACAGCUAUGGAAUUAUUCGUACAAGUAAUUGAAUUUCUUAUUUAUCUCGGAUUUUUUAGUCAUAUUUAUUAUACCCAUGCCAUAACGCGUAUGUCUGGAAAAAAUGCGUGGGCUUACAUGAUCGAUUUGUUUGUUGUUCUUUCAAAAGGCAGUGCAUGGCGAUUAUUUUGAAAAUGUUCAAUUUUUUAAAGAAAAAAGAAAUAACUUCAGUUAUAAAUUACGUCUGGUAUUACAUUUAAUUGAUGUUGAUAUUUUUAAUUUGAUUGAACUAUGAGUUAUACGGUAGAAGCUAUACAUUUCAUGUAGAUAGGAAUGAGACGCAAAAUAAAUAUUGGACUGUACACAUAAAUGACAAUGAUUCGUAGAUGUAUAAUUUGCACAAUUCUGUUUAAAUAAGUUGAGGGUCAAAAUAAGCCUUUCAAGGUUUAGAGUCCUGAUAGGUAAAAUAUAUUAAACCGAAUACCAUUAUGAUUUCAACUCUCUGCAAUAAUGUUGAAAUGAUGCGUUUUCUUUAGUUACAUGUUCAGUUGAAAAUUCGUUCAAAAAACGUGCCAUAGUUGUCCAUAGCUGCAUUGAAGCAGAUGCAUGAGAAAAAAUGUUCUUAUUAACUGAAACCGGACUACAAAAAAAAACAAUUGUUUGCAGCAAGCAUAACCAAUAGAAAAGAGAAUGAAUGCAAAUAGAAAUUUUAUGCAAAAGAGAGUUCACAAUUAAGUUUUUAAAUUGCCAUUUUUAAAAUAUGGUGUUCAAUGAUUUAGUUCAAACAUGUCGAUUCGCGAGUACUAGUUUGAGUAACAAUUGCAACUUUGCAAUUGGCUAUAUCAUCAUAUUUACAAACAUUAUUACAGCACAUGGAUAAGCGUACGACAAAAUAUAAUUAAAGUAAUUUUUGUUUGUUUGUUGUUAAUGUAAAGGUGUAAUAUCAAUUAUCUAUUGAAAGCAAUCAAUCAAGAGUUUUUAGUAUAAGGAAAACAAUAGUAACAGAAGUGAAACCUACAAAAUUAAUUGUUAUACCAUGCGAAAAUGAGAGGAAGUGCAAACAAUUUAGAAGCGACGAUAAUUAGGUGACAACCAAUGCUUUGUUCAAUAUAGAACCAUAUAGUUGUUGAAAAGCAGUUAAAUGCACCCACUCGCAAAUUAAUCGUGAUUAGUCAGCAGUACACAGAUUCAAUUUCCCUAAUGUUUUGUUUGGUAACCGCUAACUACCAUUUAUUUAAGUAUCUAACUGCCAAUAUGUAAAAAAGGUUUUGAUCCUUUAAACAUAUAGUAUAUGACGUAUUAAGGAUUAGUUUAGAAGUGAAGAACCAAUAUCAGUCAAUGUAAAACGCUGCUAAAAUCAUUGUUUAAUUCGUAGGGGUAUUCAUAUUACUUUGAGGUUAGUUGUGUUUCAAUGGUUCAAGCAAAUUCGUCUGCAUAGUUAGAUUUUGACGAUCUUAAAUGAAUCAAUGAUUUACUCUUGUUAGAUAUAAUUUUCUGUACAAGCAAAACCUGUAGUAUGUCCUCGAUUCAACACACCACAUUAUGUCAGUAUAAAUCUAUGCAAAAAAUCGACCAUUUUGCUAUGGGACUGACUACUCAAUUACGUGGUAAACAUGUUCAAUCAAGUAACUUCAAACUAUGUCAAAAUAUCUAAAUUAUGUUCUCUUGUUUCAUUUGCAAAGGGUGUUGUCUCUUCAAAGGAUAUAUUAUAAUGUAUAAAUAAUUAUAUCUAAACUUAUUUUAUCGUUCUCUUUAUAUUGACAGCAAAUGUUUUCCUAAAUGAAAAGAGAAUCGAAGAUUUUUCUCUAGCGAAUAAAAACAAGCAAGGGACAAAACAAAAAAAACAAAGAAAAAAUGAUGUAGAUAAUCAAAUAUUUCUCAAUUGGACACCAAAAAAAUGCACGUUGAAAAGGCUGAACAAAAAUGAAAAAUUAAUCGAUAAACUUAAAUUGGUUUAAAUGAAGUGGCUUACAAUAAACGAGGAGAAAAUGACAAAAAGUAUUACAUUUCAUUAUCAAUAUCACUAACUUCAUUACCAUUACAACAGCAUAAAACAUUGAAACUUUUGUAGCACUGCGUAUACAUUAAGAAUGCAAUACUUGUGGAUCAUAUUUAGCUAACACAUCAAAUGGAGGAGGCGGAAGAUAAGCAAUGUGGGACGUGACUGUUGUUAAAAUUUUACUUUAUAUUAGAGUUUUGGUUAUUAUAAAAAAAUCGCUGCUUCAAAUAACGUGAUCGUCAUUGAACAUGUUAAAAAAGAUUAACAUUAUGACACAAAAGAAGCACAAAAUCAGGGAAGUAUGGGUACAACAUUUUUUUUCUUUUUAUUAGAGGGAACACGUAUGAUGAUCUAUAUAUGGAAUGCUAAUGUACCAAAAAAAAUUUAAAUGAAAUUGAUAAUAAACUGGUAGCACAUUCGUUAGGAGCAUUUUAAAUAUAUUUCAAUCGCACUAUGAAAUCUUUGCGAAAUUAUGGAAAUGCACGUUAAAU